GGUUGUUGUUUGCAUAUCCACAUCUUCGGUUCGUCAAGUGCGUUGUACGUACAAACUUGCUGUUUCGAAAUGCGUAGAAAUGCAUUUCAGUUCUUGUCUCUACCUUCACUUGCGCUUGCGAAAGUGAAAGACAAAUCACAUGAACAGGAGCGUUAGCGUUGUGUGUACUUUACAGUAAGUAGUAGUUUUAAUUGCUUGUCCAUCCCCGGCGAGCAGGAGCAAGUGUAAGUGAGGUGCGAACAUUUGUACUUGAGACUGAAAACUAGACUUUUUCUUUUGCACUUUUUCCUUCCCCAUUACUUUUGAUAUCAAACGCCAUAGAAUCAACGAUGACCCCUUCCCGCAAAUUUGACGAAUUUUUCAUGUAUUACCUCAUUGUAAAACGAAUCCGAAACUUCGGCCUCUCAUUCGCUCACGGUAUGACUCAACCAAAACUAUCAGCAGUAGCAUGCAGUGUACCAAACUGAAACGGAGCAAGAAAUUGACUUUCAUAAAAGUACGGAAACAACGGGAGUAGAGUUCGCCAACAACAAAACGCACCAGAACACGACUCACGACCAUGCCGCCGCGGACAAAGUCAAAGAUGAACAACAAAAAGACCCCCUCCGCCUUCCUGCUGGUGGCGCUCAACAUGCAGGAUCGAGACCGAAUUUUCGUGCAGUCGGUAAAAAUUGUUUCUUCCGAAAGCAGUACUAGUAAAGCGACGACAACCGCCGAUCAUGAAGAUGUCCCCUCCCGAUGGUCCGGCGAAAGUGCGAAGCAAAACCAAGUAGAUCAUUCUAGUGCCGAUCCAACUUCUGCACCCGGAGGUACUACCGCGUUUCUGUUUUUCCCGACCAGUUCCCUGUGGCCGCACGAGUUCUUGAGCAGCUGGCUUUCAUCAUCGUCUGGCAGAGAUCACGGUCAACAAGCGAGCGAGCAGAAAAAUCUUGACGGGUCCUCGACGAAGUCCUCGGGCACCAGCGGUGCCAGCACCAGUACGUUGUUGGAAACGAAGCAAAACCAAAAGCAAAUCAAGUACGGGAACCUCCGGGGGGUCAGGAACAAGGUUCUUGGGGGACGGGCCACGACUUCUGCUGGGACGGAGCUGCGCGUGGUGGGCAGUGCUAGAGGUACUGGGAAGAACCAAAAAAACUUCGGCUGUUCGUCGUCCGGCGGAGGGGACGAAUACGAAAGCUGUGCAAAAGCGGAAGGAGGAAAAAUUGGCCUCGAAGAAGAACUUUCCAGCCGCGAUUUGGUCGUGUAUGAUGCAGCUGCAACUCCUGGAACAACAACCUCUGCCGUGCCUGCGGGAAUAUGGAAAUAAAAACUUGAACUUUCAUCACGACCAUAAAUCAAUGGCAACAUUUUUUCAUCAUCGUCAUGUUUUUUCAGUAUUCGUGGGACGGACGUCUUGUAGCUCUUCCGCACAUUAAACACGUUUAUCGCUUGCUAUGCAUGAGCAUGACGUCUUGUUAUGCAUGGACUUGAUAUGGGAAUACUAGGUUGUAGUUGUACGAGGUUGUGAUGUAGUGGUUUCUUUUCCCUUGGACAACCCGGCGCCGAAGAACGAGCAGGAGCAGUUGCAGGCAUCCAACAAGGAAGCGACUUUGCUAUCAAGCGUGACGACUUCGACUCUUUCUUUCACAAUAAAUCCAUGUAUAGGUGGAAAAGACAGAGAGGUCAUGCAGGAUUAGAAGUUAAUGUGAGGUAGAAUUUCGGCGCAGCAUUCACUGCCGUGUUUCCAUCUCGCACUUUUUACGAAUACCAUUACUAUUUAGGGCGAAUACAAGUUCUGUAUAUGAUGAAGAUGAUUACAAAGCUCCUACCGCGACUGCAGCAACGUUUUUCAUGCACGGCAUUGGAGAAGAGCUACUCGCAAGAACAGCAGUGGUACCGAUAGAUUUUCUGACCCGUCUAAGGAUUGCAUGAGAGUCGUAAGCGACGGAGAGCAGGAGUUGUAGCGUGUUAUAUCCGCCUCCGCUGCUCUCUCGAGUGCGUUGUCCUUUUUGGGGUUUCGGCAGGCGGCUGACGAAGAGGGAAACGGGGCAGGGUGCAUCGAACGGAUUUCAGAUAUGUUGUCGGGAAGAAAACAGGUUGUAGAUAAAAAGGGGCACCCAAUUUUUUGGGCACCCUAUUGGGAUCCCAAUCAUGGCGCAUUCAAGGAUUGUUAUGUCGCCACGAAGAAGCCGGACGGAGGUGUUCAUUUUUUGGAAGAAAUCGAUGAAAGUGACCUCAAAGACGUUGCAGUGUUCCUGAAGUACGACCAUCGUGCCGAGGUCGACGAGGCAAGACUUCCCUGGCCUGUUACCCUCUUCCCUACUCCAAUUCAAACCGAACUACGAGUAGUUACAGACGGAAGCGACCCGGCUUUGUGGGUGGCCGCUCGCGCGCGCGGGGUUGGCGUGGACACGCUGAAGAAAGUUAUGGCAGGAGGCAAGGCAGACCCACAGACGGGAAGGAAAGAGUGUGUGGAAGACGCGAACAAAAGACCUGAACCGGAGUCGACCCAGCUACCUGUAUCGCUGCAGCAGUCAGUGGACGUCUGGGCCCCUUUUUGCCUGGUGCCGUCGGGGCAAAAUCAUGAAGUCACGCUCUACUUUCGGGGUAGAAUUGUAGCCUACACGCCUUCUGGAACUGAACAAAAAGAACCAGAAACGAAGAAGAUUCUGACCCCAUCCGAAGAUGCCUCUGUUGUCAUUCAAUGGUCACGAGCUCCUCAGACCGGAACUGGUGUCAGGAGGGAUGACGAUGAAGAGUAUCUAUUCGAGUCGACCGGCCUUGACGAAACGGUAGAAGACCGGAAGGAUCUCAGGUACAAGGCAUUGAAGCUUAUUGCAGAGACGCCCGAGCGUCCAAAGGAAGUCACAGACGGUUGCGUAUUGAGUUAAUACUGUGGACUAGAGAUGAUUGAAUAGUUGACCACAGUGCGGCGCUGCAAUAUUAAGCUACGAUUUCCUAUUCCUAUGUAUUAAAUUGAGAAUCGCAAACAACAUCAAACGGGAGAUAGCUGCUCCUUCUAAGUAAUUUUUCCACGACCGCGCCUGCACGUUCUAACCAGGGCGUAAAUUUUUGUUUCGUUUUCUUCGCUUCAUUCCAAAAAGACAGGCACAGCAACACUCAAAUAUUGCAGUUCGACCGAAACAAAAACAUGAAAAGCACAAAACUUAGACGAGAAUCACAAGGGAGCUAGUCCUCAAGUCCACGCCAGCGAUAUUAAUUCGCCAAGAGAAGGGCGAGCAAAUAUUCUGGCGUUCUUGUUCAUCUUUAGUGGACGUCUACUAGAAUGCGUCACUAUUCUUGAUGGCUGCGCAACUAUUUCUUCGAUGCGACCGAGGAGCGAGCGGCUCGCUGCAUCUUCUACAAGUAGUAUUAGCGGUUCAUCUUGUGCCCGACUGCUUGACGAAGUAGAGGACGACCUGUAGUCUCAGUUCUUCUCCGAGGAAGUAGCAAACUGUUUUAGAUUUUCGUCGUGUAAAUGCGAUCGCCGAAUAGUCCGGAGUUAGAAGUCGAACAU